AUGGAGAAUUUGUGUCGACCUCCUGAACCGUUGACCCUAGAUGGAAAUAUAGCGGCAAACUGGAAAAGAUUUUCACAAAAGUUUGAGUUAUUCAUGACAGCCACAGGAUUGCUGGAUAAGCCAGAAGCACAGAAGAUAGCCGUAUUCUUGAACCUUGUGGGCGAUGAAGGACUGGACCUUCACAAUAGCUUUACAUACACAGAAGAGGAAGAGAAAAAACUAGAAUCAAUCAUAAAGAAAUUCGAAGAUUACUGCUCGCCGACUGCUAAUUUAAAAUUUGAACGAUUUAAGUUCAAUAGUGUAAUGCAAGCCGAAGCACAAACAUUUGACUACUUUCUCACAGAGCUGAGAAAGGCAGUAAAAACUACUAGUUACCAAGACCAAGAUGAAAUGGUAAGAGAUAGAAUAGUAAUGAGUAUAUGGGACAAAAAUACCCAAGAAAAACUACUAAGAGAACCAAAACUAACAUUAACAAAGGCUAUUGAAUUCUGUAGGGCAGUUGAGGUCAGUAAAUCACAAUCCAAAGCUCUUCAAAGUGAACUAGGGGUUAAUGUAUUGAGAAGUAAGCCAUCAUCAUCGUCAACACCUAAUUUGAACCAGAGCAGUUGCCAUAGAUGUGGAUACAAACACAAGAAAAAUGCAAUUUGUCCAGCGAUUGGUAAAAGUUGUGCCAAAUGCCAAAAGCCAAAUCACUUUGCUUCAGUAUGUAAACAUGAUGAAAAGAAGAAAGAAAAGAAUAGAAGCUGGAAACAAAAAAAUGUGCACUUGGUAGAGAAAGAAGACAACAGUAGUGACAGUGAUAGUGUAUGUGAUGUACAUUUCCUAAGUUCAAUAAAUGUAAUAGAUUCAGUAGAUUCAACACGUAGAAAAAGUGAAAGUGUUUGGAUGCAAAAGAUAAACAUAGGACACAGUCAUGUAGAAUUUAAACUAGACACUGGUGCCGAAGGUCGCUGGUUGGCGUGGAUUGUUAUCCACUAUGGAAGUUAUAUGCACAGAAAUAAUGUAAUGUGA